CACACACUACUUCAUAGAUCGUUUCUUCCUUUCAGUUUUCGUUUUACAAUUGCCCACCGGCGGUCGUGUACGAUUGCUGUUGGGAUCAAUAGCUUCAUUUUACGUGCUCAUGGUGCCAUAUACCAAGGUUGAAGAAAGCUUUAUCGUUCAGAGAUAGAUUUUGGUUUCAACAAUUCUUCCUGUUUUGAAACAUGGAAGAUAAUAACUCUCCAAGAAUUAGAGACGUUCCGUUAGAAAACAGACAUGAACUCUUCAUGGAUAAGCUGAACUGCUGCUCGGAAUUUUUCCACUUCAGGCCCUUCAUACAGCACUUCAAGGCCAAGCAAUCUCUUUCCGACAUCAGACAGAGCGGAGUUGCCUCCUCAGGAAUACUUGCCAUGAUCGAAACAGUAUUUAAAAGGGAUGGCAUGCUUAAAGAAAUGGGCGAUUAUGUUCUUACUCUUGAAUCUCUGCCGGAUGAUGCAGUCUGCUUGAUCAUGAAGAUGCUCCGUUCUAACCUUUUCAGGCCAUUUCCUUCUCAGACUGCUGUUUUUUCUGAGAUAGAGAAUGAAAAUCUAUAUGAUACUGAAGAUAAAAGGCCACUGGUUGAAGGGGCCUGGGUCCAUCUGAGAAACUUCUAUGAAUUCCUCCAAAAAAUUGUUGAUGCUGGGUUGUUGCGUGAGGAACAUAUUGAGGAUGGGUUUAUUACUUGGUUUUUUAAUACUGCGGUGCAAGCAGAUGACUACAGAGAAGCUUGCUUUGUGGCAGACCUUCUGCCAACUUUCUGGGCAAAAUUCCCAAAGAAACAGCAAUCAAUUUGGAGGACUGUGCGGAGUAAUCUGUCUCGUUAUGUCGCAGACCGGGAGAGCUGCAUACCAAGUGCGGUAGGCAAUCAGUUGCAGUUUGUUAGCAAUCGGAUUCCUGAAUGGCCAGUGCCACUGCGAGAAGAGCAGACACACUUUCUCCGGCUGGUUCUGAUACCCAUGCACAGAAUCAAGGCUUACCCCAGCUAUUCUUCCUGGUUACAAAAGUGUUUGGUAAGGUUCUUGGAGAAGGAAGGCUCUCUGGUCAAUUUGAUUUUUGAGGGUAUUCUGAGUGGGGAUCAUAUUUGUGAGUCUUCUCUACUCAAUGAAAUCAAAGCCCUGAUGGCGAUUGGUAACAUAAAUGAAAUCAACCAAUCCAAUGCUGAGCUUCUGUUCGGAUGCAUUGCGAAGACUUUGCGAUCUUCUGACAAGAAAGUGGUGAGAAAAGGACUUGAUAUAGCUUCCUCUGAUAGAUUUCUUGAACUUGCCGAGAUACACAGGGAGCUUUCAUUACCUGUCAUAAGGAUGGGGCUGCAAUGUGCGAUAGAGAACAAUUCUGCUCGAGCUGCUGCAAAACAUAUUCUAGAAAAAUUUUACAACGUUGAGGAUGCUUUUUGAAUGUUUGAUGACAACAAGACCAAGAGAUCAAGAAUCUGAUGAUACAAACUUUCUGAUAAGCACAGAGUUCCAUUGAUAGUAACAGAGUGCAAUUUUGGGAUUUUGUCAUGUAAAUUUUUUUCCUUAGGCUCAAGACUAAGACAAGUGCAAUUGCAGUUUACACGAUUUAUGCACCUUGAAGUGAUUUCUCGAACUCUUGCAAUUGUGAAAGAAAACCUGAGUUUGGUGCUGCUUGCGGUCGUUUGCUCUUAACAUAUUCCAAUGCUUGUGAUGGGCUCAUACCACGUUUCUUCAUAAGAUAUGCAACAACUAUGGUCACACUGCAUAGCACAGCAAGUGGAAUAAACAGUUUGUAAGACU